GCGCGCAGAGUAGUUUAUCAAUUCGUCGUUGCCAAUUCCAAAUGUUAAAAGACAUGGCGUGAACUUAAAGUUGAUUUAGGCUUUCAAUAUAGGUUGAUUUAGGCUACUGGGAAGACUGGGCGAAAUCAUCAAGGCGGAGGGCUGCUAAAUAUGAAUUUCCUAUUUGUAAUAAUUGUAUUUAGCCUAUGACUGAUUGAACUUCCAGGUAACUUAGAUUUAGGCCUACUUAAAUUCUUUUUUACAUUUUUACUAUUUCAAGAUGGAGGAAAACGUAAGGAAUAUGCGCCUGAAAGAAUGGCUGAUUGCACAGAUAGACAGUGGGAGAUAUGCAGGUUUAUUCUGGGAAAACCAAGAGAAAACCAUGUUCAGAAUUCCUUGGAAGCAUGCUGCCAAGCAAGACUAUAGACAAAACGAAGACGCGGCACUUUUCAAGGCGUGGGCCAUAUACAAGGGUAAAUUUCGAGAAGGCAAGGAUAAAGCAGAUCCCUCGGUGUGGAAGACACGUCUGCGCUGUGCUCUCAACAAGAGUACAGACUUUCAGGAGGUUCCAGAACGAAGUCAGCUGGACAUCUCUGAACCGUAUAAAGUGUAUCGGAUUCUACAAGACAGUAACCAGCCUGCAGAUUCGCAAGGAAACCCUAUGAUACUACUACAGGCGACUGCAGUUACAGCACCAGGUGUUCAUCUAGCCAGUCCUCAGUGUGGUGCCAAUGGGUCCACCCCAAGGGCUGGAACAGUCUGCCGAGAGAGCCUGGUUGAGGGACAGCCGCAGCUGCACAUUGUAAAGGUGGAACCGAGGAGACCAGUUAGCAGGCCCCUCCUGCCCACAGAGCUACAGAUCUCAGAUUUCCGGCUGCGGGUGCGCGUGUUCUACCAGGGCCAGAUGGUGGAGGAGGUGGUGAGCCCCUCCCAGGACGGCUGCUUCAUCCUGCACGGCUCCGUGCCCGUGGGCAGCGAGCGCAUCUACGGGCCCUGCGCUGCCCAGCGCGUCUUCUUCCCCCCCGUGGACCGCUUCCGGCUGCCCCCCGGCAUGGCCGACGCCAUGAGCCGCCUGCUGCCCCACCUGGAGCGGGGCGUGCUGGUGUGGGUGGCACCGGACGGCGUCUUCAUCAAGCGGUUCUGCCAGGGCCGCGUGUACUGGGGGGGGCCUCAGGCCGAGCACAAGGACCAGCCCAACAAGCUGGACAGGGAGAGGACCUGCAAGCUGCUCAACAUGCCUAGCUUCCUGCGAGAGUUAGAACUGUUCCUGCGUGGCGAGGGGCCUAGGCCCUGCUACAAGAUCGAUCUCUGCUUUGGGGAGGAGUUUCCUGAGACUGGUGUGCCGAAAAGCAAGAAGCUGAUCACAGCUCAGGUGGUGCCUCUGUUUGCCAAGGAGCUCCUUCUGCGGAUGCCCCCGCCCAACAGUGUAAUGGCACAACAGCCUCAGGCACCAUGAGCUCCCCGUCUUAGGACGACGUCCACCCCAACUGUUUGAGCUGGACAGUCAUCGUUAUACGCAGAGACAUGGAACUUAACCGCCUCCCCUGACUACUGUGUGGCUCAUCAAACUAAACUACAUACCUCAGCAGCAUGGCUUAGACCGGAAGACUAUAAAAAUGUGACAGAUGAAGCAAGGUGUUUGGGCAUUAUGCAUGUAGAUUCAAGUGUGCAGCUAGUGUUAACGUCAUUUAUCGCUGAGAUCAAAUCUGUUGUGAUUAUUAACAGCCUAAUAUGUUAAAGAUUUUACCAAGUGUACGUGUUAGAUUAAAAUUAGAUCAUUAUCAGAGAGCAUAUGUGUGAAUAUAAUGUGUGUGAAUAGAUUGCAACCUGAUUUUAGAUUGAUAAUUACCUGUAUGAAAUGCAAUUCUGCUUCUUUUACAUUGACAUCUUUUUGUGACUUUGACUGUGUUACUUCAUAAAAUGAAUAUAAACCAACUCAA